AUGGCCGCUGCUUCAGCAUCGCUGCUCCACCUCGCGACCCCGACCCCAACUCGCUCCACUCACCUCAGCGUCCGGCUCCCCACCUCUCAGCUGCGCAUCGCCACCGCGCAGCCGCCGCGGGCGUACAAGGUGACGAUCGAGCACGGCGGCGAGUCGCGGGUGGUGGAGGUGGAGAAGGACGAGACGAUCCUGUCCCGCGCGCUGGACGAGGGCCUGGACGUGCCGCACGACUGCAAGCUCGGCGUGUGCAUGACGUGCCCGGCGCGGCUGGUCCCGGGGUGGUGGACCAGAGCGACGGCAUGCUCAGCGACGACGUCGUCGCGCAGGGCAUACUGCGAAUUAUCUCCACUUUCAGUGGCUAAUGAUGCUUCAGUUCUGAAACUGAAACACUGA